AUGGGAAAUCUAUGCUGCGCCUCCAGAACUAACGCAGCAGGCGAGACAGACAUAUCGCUGUCAAUCGCACUAGACCAUGUUCUUACCGUCUUCCUCCUCUGCUUCGAAGCCGCCAUUAACACCUUCCCCUUCUACCCGCCCCUCCUCUCAACCACGCGACUGGUUCCAAGCAACACUAUCCCCUGGCUUCCUUCCCACAUCAAAGUAUGGGAGUUCACUCGCGACUACGAAGCCUCCUUGAAAAUCUCUCCUCACAAUCUUGGAGACCUCCCGACCUGGUACCGUGGAGUCGACCGCGCGCUCCGCAAAACAGAUCGCUGCGACCACUUCUGCCUCCUUCUGGAUAGCGCAUUUCGCGCAAAGCUAGAAGAACACAACCUCGGAACAAGUCGCUGGGUGCGCUUCCCCCCUCGCCCGCUUGCCCUCUUUGCCGAAAUCAAGCCCAAUCAGUCAUCCCCAACGUCUCAUCUUGAAGAGCUUGACGAAAUCCCUCCAGCGAUGCACUCCGUCCUCGAAAUCACCACGACGAACGGCGCAAAGCUGAUAUUCGAUGGCACGCCGGAACAGUUUGGGUGGAGUAAUUCGGCAUGGACUCUGGACAAAGGGGAUAUUGAGAAGUAUUACGUGGAAGGGGAAGUGGGCAUGAUGCAUUUUGCUGAUGAGGAGAAGAGAGCGCUGAAGAGAUUGGUGUUGGAGCAGGAUCAAACCCCCUGGGAAACCUUGUUUGGGAGAAUGGAGGAGUUGCUCUCUGAGAUGAACUGGGAGGCCUUCAAAGAACUCGAGGACGAGGAGUUAUGGGAGACGAUCAAAGACCAGGCGCGUCGCAAGUUUGAGGGCGUUGGAGAUUCGUGA